AUGACGGGUAUUUUGGGAAUUGCAAGCUACAUUGGUAUACCGCUCUCUGUGGAUUCUCUUACUACAAAGCGCACAAGGUUGACAUUUGCAAGGGAUCAACCUUGGGUUAUUCUUGGUGACUUUAAUUGUUGCAGAUUUGAAACUGAAAAAGCUACUGGCUCUCUAUUAACUGAUAGUAGAUUGGGGGAGCUGAAUAAUAUGGUUUUUUAUUAUGGUGUUCAAGACCUUUCUUUGGUUGGCCUUUUCUAUACAUGGUUUAUCCAAAGGGUUGACAACCCUAUUCACAUCAAACUUGAUAGAAUUAUUGUUAACUCUAUUUUAUUGGAUUGCUGGCCUUCUACUUAUUACAAAAUUGAUACUCCAUUAGGCUCUGACCAUUCUCCCUUAAUCUUCAAACCUUCCCAUGACAAACCUAUAUCUGCUAGGUUUAUGUUCAAAAAUUAUUGGAUCAAUAUGGAAGGUUUUUGGGAUGAUGUUUUUUCAGCAUUUUCUAUUAGGACUCCUAGAUUUCCGUUUGCUUCAUUCUACCAUAGUUUGAACUGUCUUAAAAGGAUCUUGAAGAACAAAAAUUGGGCUUCAUCUUACUUUCUCUCUAGUUCUAUUCUGGAACUUAAAAACAAACAACAUAAUUUCCUUUUAGAGAUUGAAGCUCAUCCUUUAUGUGGGGAGCUCAACCAUGACUUGAAGUGUAUUAAUGAAAAUCUUGCUUCUUUGCGAUCUUCUUGGUCCUCCUGGAUAUUUCAAAGAGCUAAAGCUUUAUGGUUUACUCAUGGUGAAGAUGAUAUUGGCUUCCUUUAUGCCAAACUUAGAAAACUCUAUAAUGCUCCUCGAGCUACUCUUGAAUUGCCUUUACAAAUUCCUUCUGGUAAGAUGGUUCAUCCUCAUCUUCACAAUAUGAAAACUUGGCAUAUUAUUGGUACACAAGUGUUUAAUGAUGCUAAAAAUUAUUUCUCUUCUGGUUCUCUUCCUAAAGAGGUAAAGGCCACUGCAAUUACAUUGAUUCCAAAAUGCUCUCAUGCUUCUAACAUUAAUGAUUUUAGGCCUAUUUCUCUUUGCAAUGUUUUUUAUAAAACUAUGGCAAAAAUGAGUGCAAAUCGGCUUAAAAUUGUUCUUCCUCUUAUUAUUCAUGAAAGCCAAUCGGGCUUUAUCUCUAAUAGAUGCUCUACGGAUAAUAUUAUUCUGGCCUCUGAGAUCCUUAGAGAAUUCAAGGGUUCUCAUAAAAGUUUUUGUGCAAAGCUUGAUAUUAAUAAGGCUUUUGAUUCUGUUUCAAGAGAAUUUCUGAUCGUUAGACUUCUUCAAAAGGGUUUUCCUGAAGUUUUUGUAUCUUGGAUUAAAGGUUGUAUUUCUGAUAUGCAUUUCUCUAUUUGUUUGAAUGGCUCUCUUGAGGGGUUUUUUAAUUCCUCGUCUGGCCUCCAGCAAGGAUGCCCCCUCUCUCCCUUAUUAUUUUGUAUUAUUGUGGAUGUGCUAUCUAAUAUUCUCCACAGCACUUCUAAUGCUAUUUAUUUCAAGGGUAUUACUUGUAAAGAGAACUACAUUAAUCACCUGAUAUAUGCUGAUGAUCUCCUAGUUUUUGGAGUUGUUUCCUGA